AUGUUCAAACGAGUUGCAUGGGUUGAAACGAAACAAGGAUCACUUCGACGAAUGGUCGCAGUUGAGAAAAGCAUUGAAAAUGUGACAUCGAAAUUGAAUCACCGAAUUCAAAUCAAAGGAAUGACGUUGAAGAAUUUCAGAACGACCGAAAAUAUGUCGAUGCCGGGAGGAUCAGCAAUGCCGCAGGCAAAUCAAGCGGAAGCGCAGGAACAAGCAAGAAAACAAGCAGAGAAUCAAGAAAAUGCUAAGAAUACCAUGCUCUCGCAGAUUCUUGAUCAACAAGCUCUCGUCAGACUAAGUAAUUUGGCAGCGGCGAAACCAGAAAAGGCUCAAAUGGUCGAAGCAGCUCUUAUCAAUAUGGCAAGACGUGGUCAAAUCGCAGGAAAAAUGAAUGAUGAGAGUUUGAAGCAAUUCAUGGAGCGCGUUGCUCAACAAACUCAACGAAGCACCACCGUCAAAUUCGACCGACGCCGCAAUAAUUUGGACUCUGAUGAUGAGGAUUAUUGA